AUGUGGUUUCAAAUUAAGACAACACCACAGCUACAUUAUGGGGCAAUUCACUUUUGGCACGCAAUUAAAGCAUCUAGAGAGUUACCAACAAAUAUCAAAAAGAUUUUUGAAAGAGUAGUGUCAACUAAAGCUUAUUUUUCACACCCGGUAAAUUUAUUAUUGGCAAUGAUGUUUGAUCCCCGUGACUUUGUAAGAGAAUUGGCAAUUCGCAGGAUAUUGAAAGCUAGACAACAAACACCUAAAAUUAAUUUUGAAGCUGAAUAUUACAUUAAUCUUACUGACUGGCAAAAAUGUACCAUUACAGAAUCGCCAUUGGUAAUGAAACUUUCAGAUAAUUGCUUGCAACAGCUUAUUACAGGGAAAGAAACCAUUAUCAUUGACUUAUUUCCAUGUCAUACGCAAACCGUGGAAAAAUGCGUCAAAACUGUAACAGUGGCGUCGUUGAAAGUUUGUGGUGAAAUAUCAAGAGAAGGGUAUAUCAGAACCAAAUUGGAAGCAAAAAAAAUAUUGCCUAAGUUUGAGAAUAAAGGAUAA